UUCAAUGCAUCGUUCGCUCAUGUUUCUUUGUGAAACACGCUGUUUCGUUAGCGCGUCCAAAAUGCGCAGCUCUAAUAUUUACGCAAGCGUCUUGCCGAGUUCCAGAAUAAAUCUGGGUGUAGUUUUUGAGUACACUGCGUGACAUCUAUAGAUGCUGGAGGCGCGCCACGUAUUAUGCUAGCAGCAACGCCACCAUUCGCCUGCUUCGUUACAGGCCUUUUGAAAUGCCGCAUACAGAAGAAGAAGAGCCGUCGCGAGAUGCGAUGCACGUUUAUCAUACAGGCUGCUCUCAGGAGCGAUUAAGUCAGAGCGAGGUUUCUGUUCGAGGACCCGCCCAUUAUAGUGUUAUCACAUUCUGUUCACUGUUCGGUAUCGCUUCAGUCGUUCUUUCCCUCACAGUACUCACGAAACUCAUCGUCAAGGCACGAGAAGAUCGUCUUAUGGUGGCCACCGCCACUGGCGCAGCUACAUCAACUAGCACUCCGACCUCCGACCCUCUGGACGUGAACAUCCGUCUCUUCUUCAGCCGCCAACCGAAGAGGACCAAUGGAGAUGAGCACGCAACGCACCAUCCGCACUACAAAUAUUCCGCUACUGAGCACGCUCUUCCGAACACGGUCACAAGGCAAGAGCUCUCCCAGAGGACGACGGCACCCAUACCCGUUGCACUGUCUAUCCCGCCAGCAAUCAGACGCAGUACCGCCUCUACCACCAGUCCAGCUACCAUACCCACUACUGCAUUUCCAUUCCUCCUGCCGGAUCUCACCAGGACCACGACCACUGCCCCCACCGUCCCCACAUUCCACGCUCCACCGACGGAGACCGGGAGGAUCACGACGCUGCUCCCCGUGUGGUCGCCGGAACCAGACGACGAAGACGUCGUUGUGAUGUCCAUCCGUCGGAGGCGGCGGACGACGAAAAGUCGUGCUCGAGCUGCCGUCAAUAUCAAGGGCACGACAGCUACAACUACCCGAAAAACUGCGAGUCCUUCAACCACUACUACAGAGACCCGUUCUUCCAGCGCCCGGAGUACGACCACAGUACGCGCCAUUCCAAUCCCUAUAGCGCUGUAUAUAGCCACCACGCCCACGACACCGCGCCCUAUCCCGAUCCCAAUAGCUUUGUUCGUACUCACAACCACCUCAACUCCGCGCCCUUUGCCGAUACCAAUAGCUUUGUUUAAAGUCACAACAACGACCACAACUCCGCGCCCUUUGCCGAUACCAAUAGCUAUGUUUAGAGUCACAACCACCACAACGACCACAACUCCACGCCCUUUGCCGAUACCGAUAGCUUUGUUUAGAGUCACAACCACCACAACGACCACAACUCCACGCCCUUUGCCGAUACCGAUAGCCUUGUUUAGAGUCACAACCACCACAACGACCACAACUCCACGCCCUUUGCCGGUACCAAUAGCUCUGUUCAAAGUCACAACCACCACAACGCCACGCACUAUUUCGAUACCUAUGGUUCUAUUCGUAGUGACAACUACCACAUCGCCGCGCCCAGUUCCGCGCCCCAUUCCACCCGCACCCACUACAUUUAUUACUUCGGCGUUGCCCACCACUCAUUCCCCACGUUUGGAACACACCAGUACUUCAACCAACCGUCCCAAUAUUUCUGCGCCCCUCUCUACGGCAAGCAUGUUUCCUUUUUGGCAGCCCAUGGAUUUGCCCAGAGUCACAACAAAUUCACCCGAACUCUCUACUUUUCGUACCACCCCAACGCUUCCCGAUAUUCUACUCGCUGAUAUAUUCUUUGCUACCAAGACUAUCACACCGCUUGCAGUUUCAAACUACUUCACCAUACAUAACAUUCGACGCUCCACACCCAUAUUUGUUGCCACUGACAGCGGAAUUCGUCAUUCCACUAUGUCAACUAACCUAACUACUACAAUGGCUCUCUCCAUAGCUUCUGAGACUGCCAGUAAUCCUGCCCGUUCGUCCACUCCCACCCUCCUUCCCCUGCCGUUCCCACUUUCCCUGUUCGUAGGUACUAAAUCCCGAACCACUUCUGUGCCUUCCACUACAACUGUGGCAGCGAGUACCGUACCUCGUUUGCCUUAUCCAAUAUCUGUGUUCCUAGCUACUAGACGUACCAUCACCCCUUCCACUGCCACAGAAUCAACCACUACGGUCCUUCCCCUUCCUCUUCCAAUCUCGCUCUUAUUGGCCACCAGGACAGCUCCCACCGUCUCAUCAACUCUGAUAUCUACACAACCCACGACGUUUCCUCCUGGAACUGCCGUUACCACUGCUACCACCCCUUUCAUCACAUCUGCAGCUCCUGCUCUUCCAAUAUACAUAUUCAAGGUGUCGAAACCUUCAAAUAACCCAACACUUCCCGCGCCCCCAACAGCACUCUAUAUUCCUUUCCACGACUGGAUAUUUGUAGCCAACACCAGAUCUCCCGCUACAUCUGCGGCAACCACGGCCGUCGAUCAACCUUCAACCAGUUCUACCGAAGAAGUAACAAACUUUCCGGCCUUUUUCCCGUGGAUACCAGAUGCCGACCACGACGCUGUCGUGCUCACUGUUCAUCGCAAGAGAUCCACCGAUACGACGGUUCCCAGAACAGCCACCACGAGGAUCAGAGCUGCACCUCUUAAGAGGAGGAGGAAGAGUAGGACUACUAGAAGUACUACUGAAACACCUACUGAAGAUGACUAUACCACAGUUAUAGGUGGAGUGAAGCCCAGUUGGCCUGAAGGAAUCUGGGACUAGGUUCUUAUAGUUCCCACAGAAUAUAGAAUUGCUACUCCAA